ACAGUUUGUCCGAGCCCGCCGUUGUACCACCAGUUCUUAUAGACAGGCAGAAAAAGUUUGGCAUUUUCUGGACCACCGUUGUGCAACUAGGUUAUCUCUUUAUAUUCACCAGUUUUUACCCACAACUGCUUUUUUUUUUCUCUUCUCGUUCAUCAACUUCACACCCGGCAAAGACUUUUUUCGUUGAAUCGUAUACCGCAAGUUUUACAAUUAUGAGCACCCCUAUGGACAACUCAGCCUCCCCGGCCGAUACCCGUACCAACGACGAGCGUAAGCAAAGUCCGCCUGCGUUCCUCGACUUGGCCGAUUCGGCGGCUAGGUUGGGUACUAAUAUGCCCGACAUCUCAGCACGUGUCGAGCUAAAACGCAUGGAACACGAACGCCAGCGUGCCAUCCAGCGAAAAGUGUUCGAGGAGCAAAUGCGUGCUCUUGAACAGCAGCAACAACAGGAACUGUUGUCCCUUCCUGUGGACAGUUCGCAGAGCCUGCAACACCUUGCUGCUUCGGCGCCGACAACGCCGCCGCGUGUCAAUUCGACCCUUGUUGGGAGUGAACACUCUCCACUGGCCAUAAUGCACGGUCGUUUGAUGGAUCCUGCAGCUCUCACGAGUGCUGUCGGCUCAGGCAUUGGCAUCGACAAGCGCAAAUCUGUUGCGUACGCAGAUGGUACUCAACUUGGUUAUGGUCUUGGCACGGAAGCGAAUGGUUCGGCGUAUUCGCGAGCUGGUGCGAAGUCCAUGCCUGCAAGCCGCCGCACGUCUGCAAGCGAACACGAUGAAGAUCUUGCGAAUCAGUUGCAGGGAUUGUCCGUUCAUGAUGGAAACUCCAAUGGAAAUGCAUCCCCGCUGAGAGCAGCUCCUCAGGCGAUGAGCAGGGUUAAUGUGAAUGGGUUGGGUUUUUCAGGAGUCAAUGAAGGUCUACGUCUUGGCGGGAAUGGCAGCGGUUACAAUGCCGGAAUGCUGCUCGACGAGCAGCUCGAUAAAGAGAUGCAGAAUGCAAUGAGGCAUUUGCCUAUCCCUGAUGACGACAAGUACGCUGUGUUGAAAGGAGACUCUGGUAAUAAGCUUUCGUCGUCUUCGGCCGCGUUAGAUCUUGCGCCAUUGUCACAGAAGUCUUCAGAAUGGCCACAGUUUGCCCGCAGUCAGGAAAACGGAGCUGCUCGCAGCGAUCGGCGUACAGGUACUCCCCAGCUUGGAGGUGGCCUCCAGGCCAACCUGAAUGAUUUACAGCACAAGCUCGGCUCAGCGGUUUCUGCCAGUGCUACUCCUCUCUUGCAGAAUACUCCUGGUGUGUCGCGACGUGCCUCGCCUCUCAACAUCGGUGGUCUUUCGUUACGUACGGAUGUCUCGCAGUUUGAAAGGGCGCCCGGUGGACCCGGUACACCUCAAUCAAGCUCUGAAGCUCAGAUGCUCGGCGCGCGGAUGUCUGCGGCUGGGCUCGAUGCGCCGGCAAGUGCAGGAGAAGCGACGUCUGCAACGUCACUGAGUCGCAUCUCGCCAUCACGAUACGACAGUCCGCUGACGUUUGGCACGCCUCAAAGUCUCGAUAACUCCCUCCAAAGUCAAUAUGAUGUCGAUUCUAUUUAUCUAAACCAGGAUGGCCGCUUGAACGGUUACGGUCUGGAUGGGAAUAGCCGCCUUAAUGGCUCAGGUACUACGGGUGGAUCGACUGCUCUGUACCACCACCAUGGUUCCCGAUACGGCCUGGCGAUGGGUGCUCGGAUGGGCGGAUCUGACAACAAGAUGAACGGUCUUCACGGUCCCAAGCAUAAGCGAGGUGAUAUUGACCUCAACCGCUUCGCCGGGACACGUCUAGAGGACCUUCAAGGCGAAAUCGCCAGUCUCUGCAAGGAUCAGCACGGGUGCCGUUAUUUGCAAAAGAAGCUUGAAGAAGGCAACGCGGAACAUCGUGAUAUGAUUUUCCGUGAGACGUUCGGUCAUUUUGCGGAACUUAUGACGGAUCCAUUCGGAAACUACCUCUGUCAAAAGCUUCUUGAAUAUUCAACUGACGACCAACGCAACGUGAUUUGUGAAUCUGUUGCCCAGGACUUGGUGAACAUCUCGCUCAACAUGCAUGGCACGCGUGCGGUGCAGAAGAUGAUCGAUUUUCUCUCUACACAGCGUCAGGCUGAUCUUAGAUACAAUGCUCAGAUCCACUCUAUCAUUGUUGCGUUAAGCCUACACGUCGUAGUGCUCAUCAAGGACCUCAACGGAAACCACGUUAUUCAAAAGUGCCUCAACAAGUUGACACCCGAGGAUAAUCAAUUUAUCUACAAUGCGGUUGCUGCGAACUGCGUCGAAGUCGCGACUCAUCGUCACGGUUGCUGCGUACUUCAGAGGUGCAUUGACCACGCGUCAGAUCACCAAAGAAUACAGCUCGUAAACGAGAUCACGUACAACGCACUGACGCUGGUCCAGGAUCCCUACGGCAACUAUGUUGUACAAUACAUUCUCGAUCUGAAUGACAAUCGCUUCAGUGAUGCUGUCAUCCGUCAAUUCACGGGUAACGUCUGCGCCCUCUCCGUUCAGAAGUUCAGCUCCAAUGUCAUCGAGAAAUGUAUCCGUGUGGCGGAACACAACACACGUAAAAUGCUCAUUGAAGAACUUCUUAACCGUACACGUCUCGAGAAGCUACUACGCGAUUCGUUCGGGAAUUACUGCGUGCAAACCGCACUCGACUAUGCGGAAUCUGGGCAACGUGCACUACUUGUCGAAGGCAUCCGCCCCAUUCUCCCAUUGAUUCGUAACACGCCGUACGGGAAGCGCAUCCAGUCGAAGCUUCAGCGUGAACAGAUGGAGCUUGCGAAUGCUAACGGAAUGGGUCAUUACAACGGGCAAUUCAACCAGCAAGCGAUGAUGAACAUGGCGCUUGCAAAUCAAGGCCUGACCGGACAAACCCACCCUGGCAUUGCCGCUCGGGGCCCAAUGGCUGGUUCUAUGCAUCCUUCGAACCAGCUCGGAGACGUCUAUGGUAAUCGUUCAACGAUUUACGGUGUCGGACAGAACGGCGCUGCUGCGAGUGGCCUCCACAACCAGCAGACGCCUUUGCACCUUCAGCAACCAAUGCAUUCUCUCCAGACACAAGCACUUGAUGGAUACGUCCUACAAGGCAGUGGUACUGGCCAUUCCCAUGGUCUGAGCUCUGGCACAAACGGGCUACCCCCUGGCAGCACUUUCAUUCCUCAAAUGCCCUUGACAUACCAAGGUAUCCAUAUCUCUGCAGGUCUCAAUGACCCUUAUCAACGCACGUCUUACGGCUAUAACGUGUGAUAUCCUAUGCAACUUCGACUCGAACGCACAUAUAUAUUGCUCCACUUGCGGGAGCAGGUCGGAUCUGCAUCAAAGACGAGCUUUCUUCCGGCAGAUUGCCCGUCGAUCUUACCUCGCGGGUCCGAUAAUACCACUUUCCCAACUGAUCUCCCCCAAAACAUAUCUAAACCUGCUAUCGUAACGUCGUUAAACCCUGGUUUUUUAAUGUUUGUUUUACUGUGACUCGCUUUUUACUUUCUUCACCUUCGGUCGCCCAUAUUGCCUCGCUAGUCUGCCAUCAACAGUGCUUGAACGUACCCUCAUCGCAUACUGUAUUUCUCCGCAUUUACUUCCCGCUUCCCCAUUGCUCUUCCUUGCUAACAUGUUGGACUACUUGUUCUUAUUCCCCAUUGGCCGUUCCCGUUCUUGAUUGCCGCGUGUAUAGCACAAUACUCGGUUCUCCAUUAUUAUCGGUCCACCAAUUGUUUAAUAGCGCACACGCUUAACUGUCAACUGUGUAUUUACCAUCACCCAUUGGCUGCUUCUUCACACUGUUACUUACUUGGCUUGCUUUCAUCUCUGUUUGUUUUUUUUUCCUUUUUUCUUUCAUGUUGUGGAAACAUAAAGUGAUGAAAAUUAUAUAGUUAGUUGACUUACCC